GGGCCCAUUGGAUUUAAAGGGGCCGGAGCCCGAUCCCCAUUCGUGCCUCUUCCUCCUCCUCUUCCUCCCCUCUUCCUGCUCCUCUUCCUCCUCUUCCUCCCAUCACCAUGCAGAGAUUCCUGCCCCUGCUGCUCCUGGCCACUGUGGCCGCGGGGGACGAGACGCGCAUCGUGGGGGGUGAGAGCUGCCAGAAGCGCCGUCAUCCCUACCAGGUGGUGCUUAUGGGGCCGCAGAGGAACAUCCACUGUGGGGGGGUCCUCAUAGGGAGCUCCUGGGUCCUGACGGCCGCGCACUGCGACACCAAGAGCUCCAUCCCCAUCCGCAUGGGUGACCACAGCCUGAAGACCAAGGAGGGGACGGAGCAGUGCAUCUCCUCAUCCAAGGCCUUCAUCCACCCCAACUACAACCCCACAACCCACGACAGUGACAUCAUGUUGUUGAAGCUCCAGAAACCCGCACGCUUCACCCCACACGUCCACCCCGUGGCCCUGCCCAAGAGGUGUCCCCCCCCCAACACCGAGUGUGUGGUGUCGGGAUGGGGCAGCACCAGCAGCCCCGAAGGCUACUUCCCUGAUGUCCUCCAGUGUGGUGUGGUCUACACCAUGGCCAAUGAGCAGUGCAGCAAGCUCUACCCCAAGGGCAUCACCAAGAACAUGCUGUGUGCUGGAGUCAGCACUGGGGGCACCGACUCCUGCCAGGGUGACUCGGGCGGCCCCCUGGUGUGCCGGGACGAGCUCCAGGGCAUCGUGUCAUGGGGGAUGCAGGUGUGUGGGCAGCAGGGCAAGCCUGGGGUCUACACCCGCGUGUGUGCGUUCACCUCCUGGAUCCAGGACACCAUGAGGAGCAAUGGGAGCGCCUGAGCCCGCGGCCUCGCCCCCGUCCCGGCCUCGGCCUCCCCUCGGCCUCUACUGCCUCCCAUCGCCCCCUUAUGGCGCCUUCCGCAUGGAAUAAAGCCCUGGGAAUUGUG